UUGCAACAAUGAUCAAAUAUCAAUACCAUUAAGACACAAUGUAGGGGUGGGUGUUUUGCAUAGAAUUGGUUUACUUUAACUUUAUUGCACCCCUGAGUGCCCCAUUAAGAUACCGUGGAAAGUGCUAUAAUUGCUUUUGAAGAUCUCAGUGUAAAUAAUCUAUGGAAACAGUACACACUAUCCUAAAAGCUAAUUCAUAUAGUUUCCCUGAAAACGUGUCUUUUAGCAUCUCUAAAGUGUUGUCUAGCGGCGCAGGUGAGCCCACCCCUCGGCGACGCGCUCCCCGCGCCCCCCUUUGGUUAAUUGAGUUCACUCGCUCUCUCCAACUUAAUUGGUUUACCACGAGAGCUGCUGUGUAAUGGGGUAGAAAACACACUCGGCCGCCGAAAGGCUAAUGGCCAGCAAACAUGGUGAGAGUGCUGAGAGCGACGCGACCGAAGCAGGUUUUGUGUUUGUUGUCGCCAAGGGCCCCCUUUGUGCGGGACGGGUGGGCCCACGCGCGCAAAAUGGUGUUAAAUGAUCCAUUUCAAAAAGUGUAAUGGAUGCGUUUUAAAAGUCAGAAAGGGGCAGAGGGGUAAAAACAAAAAAUAAGAAAUGGUCGUGAAAAGUAGGUUGUGAUGUUUGAGCCUUUAAAAAAAAAAAAAAAAAAAAAAACUGAGUUUCCAAGACAACUGCUUCUCCAUCCUGGUUUCUUAUCUCGUUGGUCGCAAUGUUUGCGCGCAUACAUAUCGAUUCGUCAUCCACAAUGUGCAGGCAAAAGAUAUAUCCAUAUAAAAAUGUCGAUUGCUGCAUUAUUAGCAAUCCAUUAUGAGAAACGUUCUUCAAUCCUCUCCAAGUUAAUUCAGCUAUACGCCCCUUCACUAUGCGAUGACAGGGUGCCACAGAUUCACCUUUACCUGGGGGAACACGCAGGUGGAAGUCAGGUAAACGUUGAAUAUUUACAGAGUGGCAUUGAUUUACGUGUAGACUGUUGCUCUGUUUAAUUUACUGAAAAGAAAGAAAAAAAAGCACCCCUCAAGCUGCAGAAUAUCCUGGAAACUCAGCGCCAUAGGUCUACCGUUUUGAGCAAACAUUGAAACCAAUGGGUCGGGCGCCGCAGAGUCACAUGGUGACAGAGGGACACACCUGUGGAGAGCCGUAAGGGCCUCGCAGUUGCGCCACAGGCAGGUAUAGAGCUGAAGGUCCACGCCGAGGCAGGGAGCAGAUACGGUGCAUGUACGCGCAAACGGCCCCGCGAACUCGGGUCUUCACCAGCCAUGAAUCGGGAAGAUCACUACUACCCAUCUCAGGUUUUUAAAGACUCUUGUGUUUACCAGAGAUCACCGGGUAAUGACUACAACCACAGCCCGCCGCCCUGCCUCUACAUGAGCAGACAAGUCCACUCUGUCUACACAUCGCCGUCCUUGGGAGCCUUGGAACAGGCCAGCCUUCCUGAUAUUGCUCCUACUUACAGUCUGCCCACCAUGCGGGAGGAUCCAGGUGUGCCUCAACUCCACCACCCGCAGGGGCCCCAGCAGUCUCCCAUCCAGGCUCCAGGUUAUGGAGACGCAGUUGAACAGAGCAGAUAUCAUCUCCCUUUCCCCUGGAUGAAAACCACUAAAUCCCACUCCCACACCUGGAAGGGACAGUGGGCAGGGUCUUACGUGAUGGCUGAGACUGAGGAAAAUAAGCGCACGCGGACUGCUUACACGCGCGCCCAGCUGCUGGAACUUGAGAAAGAGUUCCUAUUCAACCGCUACAUCUCCAGGCCGCGGCGCGUGGAGCUGGCGCUGACCCUGAGCCUCACCGAGCGCCACAUUAAAAUCUGGUUCCAGAACCGCCGCAUGAAGUGGAAGAAGGAGGAGGACCGGAGGAGGGCAAGGGGGUCCGACCCGGACCAGGACUCUUCCAUCACUUCUGGGGACCAGAGGGAGGCCGCAGGAGGGGUGACCUCCAUAAACGGACCUCACACCACGACACCCCCCGUUUCCCCACUGCACAAUCACACUAUCUCAGCAUCAGGGGGUAGAGAACCAGCAUAGACCCACCAUAGACUGGACCUAAAAUUAUUUUCCACGCAGUAAGGCAGCUUUAUUUAAAUGGAAUCAGAGGGAGAAAAUAGUACGAAUAGUAAAGUUACAGGCGUGUAAUCAUCCAUUUUAAGCGCUUAUAUUCCAGAGAUCCCUUUAAAUUGUCUCAUGGACUGUAUGUCCCCCUGAGUGGAUUUCGCAGUCGGUCCUUUUCUGACUAAAGGAACCUGUCAAGUCUCCAUAUGCUUUGAGAUACUUUGGACACCAGGGGGCACACAGAGAACACAAAUCCACGCGAGGACGACCUUAUUUUUCCCUUUUAUAGACAACAGGGAUGAAAUUGCAUAAACUUAUGACCAAAUUAAAUUAUAUUGUUUCUUUCUUUU